GGCUGCAGAAGUCCUGAAGAUUGAUGGAGGGCCAUGCUAUUCAAACAGCAGGCGUGGCUGAGACAGAAACUCCUCGUCCUGGGAAGCCUUGCUGUUGGCAGUCUCCUGUAUCUAGUUGCCAGAGUUGGGAGCUUGGAUAGGCUGCAGCCCAUUUGCCCCAUUGAAAGCCGAUUGGGAGCCCGCAAUCAGGCUGAUUUCCCGCUCCGCGCCCUGCAGUUCAAGCGUGGUCUGCUGCACGAGUUCCGGAAAGGCAACGUUUCUAAAGAGCAGGUUCGCCUUCAUGAUCUGGUCCAGCAGCUCCCCAAGGCCAUUAUCAUUGGGGUGAGGAAAGGAGGCACAAGGGCCCUGCUUGAGAUGCUGAACCUCCAUCCAGCAGUGGUAAAAGCCUCCCAAGAAAUCCACUUUUUUGACAAUGAUGAGAAUUAUGCCAAGGGCAUUGAGUGGUAUAGGAAAAAGAUGCCUUUUUCCUACCCUCAGCAAAUCACAAUUGAAAAGAGCCCAGCAUAUUUUAUCACGGAGGAGGUUCCUGAAAGGAUUUACAAAAUGAACUCAUCCAUCAAGUUGUUGAUCAUUGUCAGGGAGCCAACCACAAGAGCUAUUUCUGAUUACACUCAGGUGCUAGAAGGGAAGGAGAGAAAGAACAAAACUUAUUACAAGUUUGAGAAGCUGGCAAUAGACCCUAAUACCUGUGAAGUGAACACAAAGUAUAAGGCAGUAAGAACCAGCAUCUACACCAAACAUCUGGAAAGAUGGCUGAAAUAUUUUCCAAUUGAGCAAUUUCACAUUGUUGAUGGAGAUCGUCUCAUCACAGAACCUUUGCCAGAACUUCAGCUUGUGGAGAAGUUCCUAAAUCUUCCUCCAAGAAUAAGUCAAUACAAUUUAUAUUUCAAUGCUACCAGAGGAUUUUACUGCUUGCGAUUUAACAUUAUCUUUAAUAAGUGCCUGGCGGGCAGCAAGGGGCGCAUUCAUCCAGAGGUGGACCCCUCUGUCAUUACCAAAUUGCGCAAAUUCUUUCACCCUUUUAAUCAAAAAUUUUACCAGAUCACUGGGAGGACAUUGAACUGGCCCUAAAAUAAUAUGUCAUACAACACUAUGUGUUGUGUCUGGAGACAUACAAUGUCUCCUCUAGAUUAAAAUAUGCACUUUUCCUAGACACAGCUAUCCAAUUCAUUUUUCCAUGUAUACUUGUACAUACACAGUGUGUGACCAAAUAUAAGAUCAGUUUUUUUCUGCUGAAAAAUCACAAAACAAAAUUGCUCUCUGCAUAGUUGCAUCUUUUUAAGCUAUUUACUAAAAGAAGAGAUAGUGGUAUUGGGGGAAAGUGACUUCAGCUAUUCUCAAAGAGUUAGUCUUCCUUUGACUCAGAUGUCACCUGCCAUUUUCAUAGAUUUAAGCCAAAAGAUUAAUGUGUGAAAAUGUACCAAUGGCUGUGAAGCCGCAGGAAGUAGAGGAUUCAGUUACGUAUUUUAUCUAAGGGAAAGCUGGCUCUUCAAUUCAGUGGCUAAAUUGGUACCAUGAAAACAGAAAAUACUAUUUUCUUAUUAUUUAAAGAAUGUCUUAUCUCAUAAAAUUGACAUUGUUCCAAAGUUCCUGUGAUGAUUUUGCACUAUUGUUUUCUUGUAUGGACCAUGGUGUCUCUUGUAGCAUGUCAAUCACACAUUGGAAAGUCAAGUCCUUUUACUUCCAUGUUGUAUGUCAACAAAGAGAAAUGUCAUGUACAUAGUGUAUAUGGUUGUAAAUACUGGUUUCACACUAAGUAAUUCUAUUUUGUAAACUGAAUAUGGCUAUUUAAUUUAUUGUGAAAAUUAAAUCUAUUGUGGUAUUUAAAAAUGGAAUGGAUUAAAAUUACUCUAUGUGCAAACUUUUUUUUUUUACUCAUUUUGUUUUACAUGCCCCCUGCUGGUUCCCAAAAUCAAAGCUGUCUAGGUGCAUAUGAGAAUACUUGAAAAUAUGUGCUUCUCCAUUGAAUUUCCAUACUCUUGAGAAAAUGUAUUUAUGAAGUGAGGUUGAAUAUAUUUUUAAAAUAUUUCUCAACCAUCUGGAAAUCUAGUAUAAUAGCCACCUCAAUGAACACCAGUGCUGCUCAGCUACACUUUGUAACAAUUAAUUUACUUGCAAUGCCUGCUGUGCCAGGAGAGAGACUAGGAAUACUUUAACAGAAUCAAGGCAUAGAAGAAUCACAAUUUUAUUUGAGCUUCUAAUCAGAGUCAGACUAGUAGAGAAAUUAAAUAAAAUAAGAUUAGAAACUUGUGUGGUCCCUGCACUCCAAGAUGCUGAAGUUCAAAAAUGAAUACAAGCUUUCCCAAUUCCCUCUUUCAGAUGAAAAUAUAUCAAUCUGCUCAGAAAUGAUCAAAUUUUAUAGUGUUGUUAUUACUAACAUAAACAUAUGGCUCGUAUUUCCAGCCAGAGAAUUUAAU